GAAGAGCAACAAGCCGCCGUGUGCAUCGUUUUCUCUCUCUCUCUCUCUCUCUCUCUCUCCCCGCGCGCGCGCAGACACACACACCCAGUGUGUGCUACUCAGUUCGACGCGGCAUCUCGUCCCACCGUAAGUAAAUCGCUCGUCCGAAAAAUCCAACGCCACUCGGUUCUCCACUCGCAGCAGUAUUGCCUAUACGUAUUACGAUUGUACGAAAUAGUGCAGUGCAUUGCGUCCGUAAAACGCGUAUAGGUGUGCAACGUUACAUACGCCCACGCGUGCGAGCAUAAGGAGAACGAGGAAUCGAUCGAGGAGAGGCAGUAAGAAGUUAGAAGGAGAAGCUUCUUCUGGGAGAUCGACGACGACGACGACGACGACAACAACAACAGAGAAUAGAAAAUAGAAAAAUGCAGUCCUUUCCGGGUCAAGUCAACACGGCGACGUCGGCUACGGGUCAGACACCAGGUUCCGUCAGCAUAAGAUUCGACCCGCUCUACGUGCGGACUCUGCCUGGAGGGCUCAAAGUGGCUCAGAUUAUACUGAACUUCAUUGGGUUCAUCUGCAUCAUAACGACGGAUGUCAGUACCAGUAGAGGCAAUUGGUUCAACACCGUGGCGAUGAUAGGAUUCUGGAGCUCCGGAGUUCUUCUCGCCUUCUACCUCUUCCACAUCAUCGAGAAGUUCUACAAGAUCCCUUGGCUGAAAAUCGAAUUCGUCUACUGCGCCAUCGAGACUUUCUUCUACCUCCUGGCUGCAUCGCUUGUUGCAGCUCACGCAUACAUCAGCGAAGCCUUGGGAGCAGCUGCUUUCUUCGGCUUCGCAGCGAUGUGCCUCUACGGCUUCGACUGUUGGCUGAAGUUCAAAGCUUUGAAGAGCGGCGAAUACGCGCAGGGCCAGCCACCCUCAUCCAAGCCCGUCUCCACCGUUGGCAGCCCGGCCGGAUACUAAGCCGGGAGAGAGACACGCCAGGACCUCUUCACUUCACUCUCGAGCUCUUUCUUCUCUCUGUCAUUCUCUAUCAAAGUAAUUAGCGCUCCCUUAUAGUAUACGUAGAUCCUAGCUGUAAUAGCUUUGUUUCUUAUAAGCGUUGACUCGAUGUUGUGAUUCGGGGAGUAUGAGUAUAUUUGGAAAUUUGCAUGAGCUUUUUCCACGCGAUGUUUUAGUCUUUCUUUUUUUCUUUCGAAGCGUGUAUAAGGUUUGUCAUAUAGAUUACGAAAGUGUUACUAAUCGAUGUGUAAGAGUAUAUUACGACAAUACAAUUUUACAAGGGGUUCACUCAGUAUAAGGUAGAACGUUGUUGUAUUUUCAUCAUGUCGACGCUUGUAUGUCGACAGAGGGAUAUGCGAUAUUUAAAAAAAAAAAUAUAUAUAUAUAUAUAUAUAUAUAUAUAUAUAUAUAUAUAUAUAUAUAUACACACACACACACGAUGAAAACGUUAAAGGAAAAUAAAAAAUAGUUAGAAAGCUUCGAGAAAAUCAUGCAAAUUUCUGAUGAUAAGCGUUACGAAAACUUUGUUAGACGAUUUAUCCGGACUAAAAGUUUGAAUUGUGGUAGUUCACUAUUAGGGUUAUAUUCUCGUCUGCAUAUCUUACUACCUCUGCACUAAGAAAGUAAUUGUUGGAAGGGUCUCCUAAGUUUUCCGCGCACAGCGAUCUGGCUCGGUAUUACGCUUGAAAAGGGUGUUCAUGAGUAUUUCAAAAUUAAUGUUUUUAAUCAACUCGAAUAUAUGAAUUUCGAUGUAUAAUUUCGACGUUUGUUAGAGUUUUAAAUGUUGCCUGUUAACGAUGUUUAUUAUUAUUAUUAUACGAGCGUUUUAACUGAAACUCUAAGAUACGUUGCGCUGGUAUUACAGCAUUAAUUUUUAUUAAUAACGAUACUAUUGUUCCAAAGAGACAGAGUAAUACGAACGUCAGAGCGGAAAAUGUACGAGAUAAUACUCUCCAACGACAGAAAUCUUUAUCUGUGUACAUAUCCUCGUUAUGUAUAUCUUGUAUACUCAAAGACAUCACAGCGGAGAGAGAGAGAGAGAGAUAGAGACAGAUGUUACUCACGACUGCGUUAAGUGAUUUGUAAUUGAAAGGAUAUUAUAGAUUCGCACUUUGUAAGUGCGCGAGGUGCGAAGUUUAAUUUAUAAAGUAAUUUCUAUUUUUGUAAAACGAGUAUUUAAAGGAGACAAAUUGCACUUAAGUUUAGUAUUAUAAUUUAUAUUUCAAAUAAACUACCAAAAACUGAAUAAGAGAGCAGGUACAUUGUUCGUACUUAAAGAGAGUCAUUCGACACCUUCUUGAUUUCCUAUAUUCGCUGACGGAAUUAUCGAUACCUUACUGAUCGGUAAGUUGACGUACAAAGCCAUUGAAGACUAAAUAAGACAAACAAAAGAAAGUAUAUAACCGCAGAUAGAGGAAUGCUAGAGUUUCAAAUACAAAUCAGUUGCUAAAGUCGCGAUGUCAAGUACAAUAUCGCCGUCUCCCGACAUAUCACGAGCAAACUGCACGCGUUGAUUCCUCUGCGAAAGAAAAAAGUAAACACACCUGUACACAAAACACACAGCACACGCUUCCCCGCACACGGAUAUGUAUUCCUUUGAUUUCCCGCGUAUAUGAGUAAGAACACGCACAGAGCCAAAACCGAAAGAAGAGACGAAGAAAGAAGUGCGGAUGUGCAGCAAAUCGAUGCAAUCUUGUGCCAAGAUUAAUGUGCGAGUUUGUGUUUCAUUAUGAAAUCGCGCGGAUGUCAAGGAAUUUGAGCGAUGGUUCGCCGCGGGAGGAGACCUCUCGACUUGUUGAUCUAUGCCUCUCGAUGACACUAAUGAAAUACAAACUUGAACUCAGCGAUGAGGUAUUCGAUGCAGAUGAAUUUUUUCUUUUUCGCCUCCGGAGCGCCAUCAUUUUUCAAUCGCGCGACAACAGAGCGAAGGGGACACGACCGGGAACAACUGUCGCGAGCUGACACUUUUCUGGCUUCUGCAUUUGUUUACGACAACAAUGUUCUUUUUUUUCUUGAAAAUUGCACAAUUACUGCAAUCAUCAGCGGCAUCUUAUCGUCGAGAAAAAAAAUUCGCGAUCAUUCGUUUGAGCUGAACGUUUGUAAAUAGAAUCGAAGCGCAUUCUCAUCAGCCACAUGUGCUUACACGGAAGCUGAGCUGAAGUGUCGGCUUGAAGACGACAUAAUCAGAGAAAGAUAUGGAUGAAAUAAAUUGCGCGGGUCGUGACUACACACGUGAAAGGACUCGUGUUCUAUGGUACAGUUUGUUAUGUUGCAAGGCUUAACCGCAGUUCGUUUUAUUUGCUUGUAUGUAUAUUAUGGAAAACACUGUAAAGCGCUGCAGAUUUUUAUCAAGCACUUAAAGAACUCUUUUUUGGACACUCUGCUUUUAAAUAAUUCAUAUUAAUUUCAUCAGUACUAUAUAUUUUAUACAUUUACUGGGGUUUCUUUCAGUGCUUGAUUGAAAAUCAAGUUCAUAAUUUAAGCUUGUAUUUGCGAUAAGUAUAAACUAGCGUUAAAUGUUUAAGCAUCGUUAUUGCAUACCUUAAUACGAAUCUUCGUACGUCGAAUUAAAAAUAAAUAACAAUUAUAAUGAUGAAUGAAGUGCGGAUUUAUAAAACAUUUAAUUUGUGAAAAGAUAUUUUUGUUGCGCCAGAAAUUGAUUAAAAAAAAUUGGAGCAUAAAGUACACUACACAUUUUGAUGUUUUAUGUAUAGUUUAAAUCAUUUUAAUCAAAUAUUUUUUAGCGUUGGCACAAAUUAUAUUUAUUUUAUUUAAAUCUACUAAUAAGGUUAUUAUACGCUAUUAUUCAAAAAGAAAUAAAACCAUCGCGCUUUUCGCAGUGGAAUAAAAAGCAUUUUCAGAAAAAUUGCUAUGAAUUACUGUCAAAAAACAAAGAAGAUUUUUAUGCUAUUAUAUUCAUUCAUUUGCAUCAUUCACAUUCAAAGAAAGAUUAACCAAUCAAGUAAAACUUUAGUUAUUCAUAUUUAUUUUUGUUUGUAUGGUAUGAUAAAAAUGAGAAUAGUUAUGCAAGAUUCGAUGUUCACGUAUUAUAUGGACGACAGUUUAUAUUAUACUGCCAAAAGACUGAAAUAAGGCGACAUUAAUUGUAUAUUACUGAAGCCCUGGUAGAAAUGAGUCUAAGAACAGGCUAGUAACUGGCCAGCUCUUAGGAUUUAACCUAGUUACUACCUAAUAAAUGGCCAGUUCUUGGGGUCAUUUCUACCAGGGCGCUUAUUUAAAUAAAAUCCGAUUUGCACUUAGGCAAACACGAAUAAUAGAUUUCAAUAUUUCAGAAAUCGCGCCAAGUACGCCUCAGGAAUUGAAAAUGUUAAAAUCACAUAAAUAAAGCAAAUUACUGUUAUAAAAUGAUUGCAGAUUACAAAUAGAACGCAAGAAUUAUUGUCAUCACCAUUAUUACUUAUAAUUAUGUAUACAUUCAUAUGUAUAUACAAUUUAAUAAAAUAUUAUUAAAUGAUAUAUCUGCAGCUAAACAAUAACACUUUGAAAGUACCAAACAAUAAAUGACGUAUGCCCAAUUAAUAUUCUCAAAUCAUAAAAAAAAAUAUAUGUUUUUCAAUAAACAUUGAAAAUUAUGUAAAUAUCUGUGUUAUACACAAACAUCACAAACGUACUAGAAAGCAAAGGCUAGGCACUAAUGUGUUCAUUUGUCACAAACUUAUGCAAAAGGUAUUAUAUUCUAAUUAAGUAUGCAUAUUUUAUUUAUUGCUCGCUUAGUUAUUUAAACGCAAAAGCACACUGACAAGUGAAAUGCGUUCACAAUAAAACAAUAAUUAUAUAAAUUUUGUUCGUAUGGUAUUCUAAUAGAUACCAUCAGAAAAAAAGUAAAUGCAACGAUGGCAGCAACGAAACGUAUAGAAUUCUUAAUCAACGAUCGAGACAACCGAUUAUUGCAUCUGUACAAUAACUAAAGAAAAGUUCAGAUUUAUUAAAAGCACAAAACAACUUGCACAUGUAUUAUAAAAAUAUGCAUUUUUACAUACUUGUCGAAAGUUACAAUUUUUUUCAGCCAAUAAAUUUAGCAUUUUGCAGAGCUGUUAUAACAGCAAAAUAUUUUCGAAGUGUAUAUUACAUGAGAGGUUUACAUAAAAUAUAACUUAGAAGAAUUCGACGUACGAAGCAUCGGCAUUUUAACACAAACAUUGUUCAGAACUUGCAUUAUUAGCUGCGUGUAAUUUAACUAACUGUUAUACAGUGGAAACAUACCAAAACUUUAUAGAAAGUAAUCAUGCAUUUUUAUCUAUUAUUGACGACUACAACAAGCUCUUCACAUAACAAUCGUUCAGAUAGCACCUUUAAAAGAGCAAAGACUAAGCAAGCGUUUAAAGAAUAUUUAAAUUAUGAAAUAAUAAUUAUAUUUUCAGAUACUUUUGGUAUAUAUCCACUUAUAGCUUCGGCGAAGUAUAUACGCAAUUAUAUACAUUCUAUAUAAAAAUGAUACGGGCGACCGUUUCAUACUAAACAUAUUUAUACGCUCGAUAUACGACACACUGACACAUAUAUAUAUUAAACACAAGGACCAAGGCAACAAUAAUCGAAAAUUUGAGCAAUAUGUUAUAUAAAUGUCGUGUGUUUAUCUAAGACGUGAUCUAUAGUCGAUAUAUGAAUCUACCUAAUAAAUAUAUAAAUAUAUACUACCUUGAUCUAAGACAAAAUAGACAUAAAAGUUAUAUAAUUUGAAAAUCGGUAUCCUGCAUUAAAAAUCGUUGCUUAACUUCUGAGUAGUUUGUACAAUAUAGUUUAUAACUUAUAUUAAUUUUUUACUAUAUAUUGUAUAUUUUCACAAGUAGUAUUGCGAGGCAACAUAAUUUUACGUCUGGCUUAUACUCUCUAUUCAACAAUUCUGUUAAAUGAAUUGUUUUUUCAGGAUUAGUCAUACAAUUGCGUAAAAGAGCACAUUUUUGUUACUAGAUUAUUAUUGAAACCGCUUUAGAAAUAAGCAAUCCAUACAGUUCUGUUCCAAAAUAAAGUUUUCAGUGUUAUAAGCUAUAUUUAAACUGAAUGACAUAAUAAUCUUCGUCGCUGACUGAGGAUAAGAAUUUUGCAUUAAGAGUUUACUGUUAUUGAAAAUUAAAAUAUAUGUUUGCAUUAUUGGUGUUAUUCGCAUGCCAAAUAUUUAAUUGCCUGCGAAUUGUUGAAGACUCAAGUUUUUGGUAGAGUCAUCUAAAUGAUAUUCUAAACUAGUAGAUGAAUUAACAAUAAUGGAUUUUAGAAAAAAAAAACUAAAUUGUAAUAAACGUUUUAAUAAUUCAGAAAGAGAGAACGUUAAAAUUAAUCAAGUAUUUUUGUCAAUUUUAUCGAAAUUUCAUGUUAUAAGGUCGAAAAUUUGCACAACUAAAGACGAAAGCGACGUUUUGAGAUUUAGACAUUUACAAGAUCAAUUUGAUGUUCUGGAAGCUUUUGAUGCACUAGUGUAGGAAAGUACAGCUUAACUUCAGUCAGUGAAUAAUAACUAUAGGCACUAUAAACUUGGAAAUAGAGUAAAAAGUGAUGAUAGAACAAACGGUUAGGAACUAUAUAUUAUAACUGUGUAAUCGAUGCUGCUGUUAAUGUUAAUUACUAAUUAAGUUGUCAUCUUCAAUAAAGUAUACUUAUUGCCAUA